AUUAAGAUUAUUCAGUAAAACAAAAUGUCUGCUUUGAUAUGCUAAAAAAUGAUGAUGUAACGUGUCUCUAGGGAAUUUCAUCCCGCACUACGUAGCUAUGGAAAGAUGAGUGCAGACAGUGAAAUAGACAUUAAAGAGGCGUUUCAGCGCGCUCAGAAGGGCCACAAUAACAAGGCAAAGCUGGUGGCAAGCCUGAACAGCCGCUACAACAAGCUUGAGGACAAGACGCUGUUCCAUGAGGAGUUUGUCCACUACCUGAAGUACGCCAUGAUUGUCUACAAGCGUGAACCUGCAGUUGAAAAUGUCAUAGAGUUUGUCGUGAGGUUCGCAACAAGUUUCCAGCCUCCACCUAAAACGGAGGAGGAGGAGGAAAAAGAAGAAGAAGAAGAAGAAGAAGAAGAUGCUGAGGAUGAUCAUCCAUUUUUGAGUUUCAUCUUCAAUUUCCUGUUGGAGUCUCAUAAAGCCAAUAGCCAUGCGGUGCGUUUUCGUGUGUGCCAGCUGAUCAACAAGUUGCUUGGCAGCAUGGCGGAAAAUGCCCAGAUAGACGAUGACCUCUUUGAUCGCAUCCACCAAGCCAUGCUGGUCCGUGUCACUGACAAGUUCCCCAAUGUAAGGAUUCAGGCUGCUUUGGCCAUGACGCGUUUACAACAGCCAAAGGAUCCUGACUGCCCAACCAUCAAUGCGUACAUGUUGAUUCUGGAUAAUGAUACUAAUGCUGAGGUGCGACGUGCCGUUCUUUCCUGCAUUGCGAUGUCCCCUCGGACCCUCCCUAAAGUGCUCAAACGCACCCGGGACAUAAAAGAGAAUGUCCGCAAGCUAGCCUACCAGGUUCUGGCUGACAAAGUUCACAUUAAAGCUUUGACCAUCGCACAGAGAGUUAGUCUACUGCAGCAGGGUCUCCAUGACACCUCGGAAGCGGUGAGGGAGGUGGUUUGUUCUCGCAUGUUGCAGUCCUGGAUGCUUCGGCUGGAUGGUAACGUCAUUGAGCUGCUCCACAGGCUGGAUGUAGAGAACUGUGCCCAAACAGCUCUGGACACACUGAAAGCCAUCUUCAAAGGCACACCUACUGAAGAACUGCUGCAGAACAGAGUGCAGCUCGACAACAGGAAGCUGAUCCCAGUGGACUCUCUGUCCUGUGAGAAUGUGCUUUACUGGAGAGCUCUGUAUGAGUUCAUCAAGGCUAAAGGAGAAGAUGGUGAUGAAAUACUGGAGCAAGUGUUACCAGACGCUGCCAUUUAUGCAGACUACCUCUACGGGUAUCUGAAGACAGUGCCUUUGCUCUCAGAGGAACAGAGAGCUGACUUUAACCAGCUGGAGCUUGUCAUGACCAAGGAGUUCAUCUCGCAACAGCUCAUCCAUCUCAUUGGAUGUCUGGACACCAAUGAGGAGGGCGGCAGGAAGCGCGUGUUUGCCGUCCUGCAGGAGAUGUUGGCUCUUCCACAGACUCCAUCCUCCCUUGUCUCCCUUCUCACGGAAAAACUCCUCACCCUCGUUUCUGAUGACCACAGACGCAUACAGACCGUGGCAGAACUCAUCUCAGAUCUGAGGGAACCCAUCAAUGAGGACAGUCAGCCAGUGGAUGAGAACAUGAGUCGCCGGCAGCAGGUCCAGCUAGCAGAGGUGAAAGUGAGUAUCUUGGAGGCUAAACAAACCCUGGAGGACUGUAUCACUACCCAGGACUUCAGCCGUGCUGCAGAACUGAAGGAUGCCAUCACCGAGCUGGAGAACCGCAGGAACCAGAUCAUCCAGGAAAUCGCUGAGAGCAGCCAGCCGGCGGACAAGGAGACCCGCACAGAGAAGAAUGACCCGGAGACUCUUCUAAGGUGUCUAACAAUGUUUGCAGAACUGCUGAAGCAAAUGAGCCUCAAGACACGAAUUGGUCCAACUAUAAGUGCCUUAAUGUCCUCACUGGUCCUGCCCAGUAUAGCAAAUGCUCACCCUGCCGUCCGUAACAUGGCCGUGCUAUGUCUGGGGACAUGCACCCUGCACAGCAAGGAGCUGGCCAAAACCCACAUGGUCUUGCUGCUGCAGAUUGCCCAGCUGGAUGAGGUAAAGAUCCGUAUCUGUGCUCUGCGGGCCAUCAUCGACCAGCUGUUGCUGUUUGGCUUCCAGCUGCUCUCUGAUCCAGCUGCUACUCAGACAGGCCUGCCCCCCCAGUCACCAGACAGACAGGAGGAGGACGGACCAGUGGCCGAGAAGAAGGGAGAUGUAGCAGAGGACACUGCACAGAGUAUACUUGUGAUGCUUUCAGAGUUCCUAGACAGUGAGGUGUCUGACCUGCGUACAGAGACAGCGGAGGGCCUGGCCAAAUUAAUGUACACCGGCCGUAUCUCCAGUGCCAAGAUGUUCUCCCGUCUGGUGCUGCUGUGGUACAAUCCUGUCACUGAGGACGACACCCGGCUACGCCACUGCCUCGGCGUGUUUUUCCAGCUCUACGCCCGCGAGAGCAGGGUCCACCAGGAGGUGGUGGAGGAGGGCUUCCUGCCGACUGUUCGAACUCUGAUGAAUGCUCCAGCCACCUCUCCGCUGGCUGAGGUGGAUAUUAACAAUGUGGUCGAGCUACUUGUCGAGCUGACUCGUCCGAGUGCCCUUAUUAAGGCCUCCGCUAACACAGAGGAGGUGUGUGUCCAUGACUACUUGGCGGUGCGUAUGUGUGGAGAGAUGUUGAGGGACCCCACAGCCCCUGAGGUGCGUCUCUAUGCCAAGACUCUAAGCAACCUGGAGCUGAGCAGAGAUGAGACUGUCAGGAAAGACCUGCAGGUGCUGCUGCAGCAAAUUGUACAGGUGGUGAAGGAUCGUGUCUGUCUUUGUGCUCUGGAGAAAAUGAUUUAUCAGCUAGUCAACUCAAGAGAACAGGCUGAGCUCCUCAGUGCCAGCGCACUACAACCAUUGGACGUCAAUGCAGAUGAGGUGGCAACAGAUGAUCCAUCUAAAUCUACCAAGAGAGCCAAAAAAGGUCAGAGAAAAGUCUGCACAGCUAAAGGAGGCAGAAAGUCGAGCAGGAGGGCAGAGUCAUCAGAGGAGAGUGAUGGAGAAAAUGUUCCAGAGUCAGUUCCUGUGGUGCGUCCCUCACGGAGGGCCAAGACUGCAGCUCUAGAGAAGACAAAGCUGGACCUCAACCCUCUCAUCAACCAGGAGGCCAAUGUGUCAUAGGAGUCAGGUUAAUAGUUCACGCAAAAAUGGAAAUUAGUUAUUUUUAAUUGGUACUUGUCUAAUAAUCCAAAAAUACUUUUGUAAUGUGGAGCUAUUCACUUACUCUUUUAUAGUCAAACUUAACAUCAGUAAAUGUAACCAAACCUCUGACUGAAAGCCCUUACCGUGGGGUCACAUUUCCCCUUUUAUUUCUGUAUGCUUCCCAGUUUAAGAUUGUCAUUUUAAUCAUUAAAGUGAAAUAUGUCAAA